CCCAUGGCUUUGACGUCAAUGCACGUCAAGCGGAGAACAUGAUGCCUCGUUGCGAGUCAACUCCGCCUGAUAGAAGGAACGUCAAGCCGAAACAUUAGCUCCCCAUUGUGCCCGGAGAAACAAAGGUGUCUGUCGGUGACACAGGCUGGGGAAAAAGACACAUUUGGAAAAAAUGUCGCCGCCGCUGCUGUGAAGGAGUGUCGUCACCUUCGCCGGAAGACUUCUUUUUAAUGGACGCGCUUCCAGUGGUGGCCAUGCUGGUUAGUGGUUUGUUUCUGCGCGUUAUCUUUGACGGCUCAAGGAAGCGUGUGUGAGCCCGCGGCGGCACCGCCGCUACACGGCCACCGCCGCCACCGCCGCCACCACCGCCCCCGGCGUGCGUGCGUGCGUGCGUGUCCCCCCCAGCUCGUCUGCCGUCGAGAACAGCAUGGUCAUGGCUGACGGCGUCCACAAGCCGCUGCUCCGGGGUCCGGUCCGCGUGGGCUUCUACGACAUCGAGCGGACUUUAGGAAAGGGCAACUUCGCCGUCGUCAAGCUAGCCCGCCACCGCAUAACCAAGACGGAGGUGGCCAUUAAGAUCAUUGACAAGACCCAGCUGGAUGCAGUCAACCUGGAGAAGAUCUACAGAGAAGUUCAGAUCAUGAAGAUGCUGGACCAUCCGCAUAUAAUCAAGCUCUACCAGGUGAUGGAGACAAAGAACAUGCUUUACCUGGUCACAGAGUACGCCAAGAAUGGGGAGAUCUUUGACUACUUGGCAAAGCAUGGCCCUCUCAGCGAGAUGGAGGCCAGGAGGAAGUUCUGGCAGAUUCUGUCGGCGGUAGAGUACUGUCACAACCGCAACAUCGUCCACCGAGACUUGAAAGCCGAGAAUCUACUGCUGGACGGCCACAUGAACAUCAAAAUUGCAGACUUUGGAUUUGGCAACUUCUUCCAGCCUGGUGAGCCUCUGGCCACGUGGUGUGGAAGCCCCCCCUACGCGGCUCCCGAGGUCUUCGAGGGCCAACAAUACGAGGGCCCCCAGCUGGACAUCUGGAGUAUGGGAGUGGUGCUGUAUGUAUUGGUGUGUGGUGCCUUGCCCUUCGACGGACCCACUUUGCCUGUGCUCCGACAACGAGUCCUGGAAGGAAGGUUCCGCAUCCCCUACUUCAUGACUGAAGACUGCGAGCAUCUCAUACGCAGGAUGUUGGUCCUGGACCCAUCGAAGCGUCUCUCCGUGGCCCAGAUCAAAGAGCACAAGUGGAUGGCCAUCGAUGUUCCGGUGCAGCGGCCCGUUCUCUACCAGCCGCCAGCACCUACUGAGGCGGGCGAGGCGGGCGUAGGCGAGUACAGCGAGCAAGUCCUUCGCUUAAUGCACAGCCUUGGCAUCGACCAGCACAAGACUCUGGAGUCCCUGCAGAACAAAAGCUACAACCACUUUGCUGCCAUCUACUACUUGCUGGUGGAACGUCUCAAGGCCCACCGCUGCAGCUUCCCGGUGGACCAGCGGCUGGAUGCCCGUCAGCGACGCCCCAGCACAAUCGCCGAGCAGACCGUCGUCAAGUCCACCAGCAGUUCGGCCCAGGUGGGUUUGCUGCCCCAGGGGGUCCGCCUGCUGCGCUCACCUGCCGUGCCGCAAGCCACCUCUGAUGGAUUCACCUUUGCACAGCCUGCCUGUGCCCUUGAGCAGAGUUUCAUGGCUGAGGACGUCAACACGCCUAAAGUGAACGGCUGCCUACUGGACCCCCUGCCUCCCCCCACUGUACUCCGUAAGUCCUCCGCCUCGUCGCCUAGCAACAUGAUGGAGACGUCGAUUGAUGAGGGCGUCGAGACCGAGGAGCCCGACGCGGAGGAGGAUGCGCCCCACCUGCUCCUGGCCUAUCGGACGGCUCGCUUCGGCCAAAGGCGACACACCCUCUCCGAGGUCACCAACCAGCCGGGAACGUCGACGCAGGGGAAAUUCUUCGCCUUGGGACACAACCCCUCCAUGGGUAGCGUGGACUCCGACAUGGGCUACGACAUGGGCUCCAUGCAAAGCGACCUCGGCCUGCUGGAGGAUCCCCCGUCACUCGGUGAGGUGGUACUGGCCAACAGCGCGGCCUCCCGUGUCCCCACGCCGUCAUUCCUGAGCGCCCGGCCCGCCAACCUGGCCAUGGCCGCCAUCACCUCACAGCACAGGGAGACCCACAACCGCUCGCCCAUCAGCUUCAGAGAAGGACGCCGAGCCUCUGACACCUCGCUCACGCAAGGUUUGGUUGCCUUUCGACAGCACCUCCAGAACUUGGCUCGGACCAAAGGCAUCCUGGAGCUGAACAAAGUCCAAAUGCUGGUGGAGCAGAUGGGCUCCGGGGAAGGGGCCGCCAUGGGCCCGCCGGGACCCCAACAUCACUUGCACAACCUCCUGGAGGGCGAGGCGUCCAAGCAACAGGAGGGCCCCGCUUUGUACCCAGGGGGGCCACAGACCCCCCUCCUGUCACGCAGGCAGAGUUUGGAGACGCACUUCCUCAGCCAUCAUCUGCAGCAGACGAGCGUUUUGGCCAACAGUCCAGCAAGCUGCCAAAUGUUCUGCAAGGACUCUCCUCGAAGUCUGGAGCAGCAACUGCAAGAACACAGACUCAACCAGAAGAGGAUGUACCUGCAGCAGUCCCAGGGUCUGGGUCUGCAGGUCUACUUCAACCAGAUGCAGAUUGCCGAAGGAUCCUACCCGGCAGGGGGCCCCGCUUUGGACCCGGCGGCCUCCCAGAACCCCGCCCAGGUUCCCCCAAUGGCGGCCCAAACUCAACCUCAGCAACCGGGCGGCCAACAAGCCUCUUCGACGUACCCCCACUGCCUGACCCCCCUCAUGGAGCCGAGCGAGGGUUCGGUUUUCGACCCCUACAUGAGCCACCACCACUACACCCAGCACCAGCCCCCUGGCCCCCACCUUCAGCACCCCCACCACCAGCAGCCUCACGAUGGGUACUGCUACCCUGUAGAGCAACGGGUCUCGGGCCUCUCCGCCGAAGCCCCGCCCCCUGGCGCCCAGUACGAGUACCCCUUGGACCUUGGGCUGAUCCCCGCAUCCUCAGUGAGGGAGGCGGGGUCCGGGCCCGGCGCAUCGGACGCCGAGCGCGGCCAGCGGGAUGGAUUGGUUCUAUCGGAGCUGCAGAACCCGCUCCUGGACGGCGAGAUGAUGGAGACGGUGGACUCGCAGCACGGCUUUGUGUUGGUCAACUGAGGCCUCCGAGCCGGAAGAAGGAAACGGCGGUGAGGGCGGUGAGGGCGGGGAGGGCGCGGAGGGCGCGGUCUCGAUUCUCGUACGACGAAUAGAAUUCCCUAGAACCUCGGAAACCCAAACUUCCCUUUCUUAGCUUACCUCCUUUAUCACCCUCCACGGAGCGAGGGCGGGGGAGCGAGUGCCUGUCUCCGUGACGACGGCGACGGGCUUUGGAAGCGGACUCUUUUGGGACGGACCGGCAAAGCAAAAGCACAAAAAGGCUGGCAUCGGAAAUAAAACCCCUUCAACAACGAGACGAGGAGAACGCGUCCCUCGUUUAUCACGCCAGCGCAAAUCCAAGCGUCUACCGACAACGCUAACUGCUAAGGAUUGGAACAAUACGUGCACAGUAUUUGGCAGGAAGCAACUGUUCUAUCGGCUCUUCUAACUACUGAACCGAGUGGUACACUACUGAACGCGUCGGGCAGCUGCUUGAUCCAAGGAGCGCUUGAUUUGUGUCCCGGGAUAAACGGGGUUCUACUUUUAUGUGGCAAUACUGAAGCAAUAUUCAUCCUCGUGGAGCGCCGUGGAGCGCUCGGCUGAUUGGCUCCGGAGCUGGAGUGCGUGGUUUUGGUUUGCACACGUCGGCAAUAACGUCACAUGACCAGCCGAGUGUCAACAUCCGUGACUGAAGACCACACAGGCUUUUUUUUCGAAUGAAUGUAAAGGAAUGACGUGACCUUGCGACGGCGAAGGUCAAAGAUCUUUCCUUUUCUUGGUUCUUCAGCGGCACGCAGACUGCGAUGAGUCCCGUUUGAAGUAUCUUCCCUGCAGGCCGGCCAAGGUCACGUGACUUUCUAUUCCGCCGGGAACGGGACAUUGUCCAAGAAGGGGGGGGGGCACCAACUGUAGCAGCAAGUCAACACUUCAAGGUCGCGUCCAAGCCGCUUUUCAUUCACGGAAAAUAGAAAAUACACAUUUGCCAAGGAGUAUUACGCCAUGUGGAAAAAUGAUACAUACUAUAAAUACCCGUUGUUGAGGAAAUAAAGUCCUCAUUUUAGUCGUAGUCAGAUAUAAGAUUUUUUUUUUUUAAAUAUUGCCUUUUUUCAACUACAUUCUUGUAAAAUUUACCUUAUUUUGUUUGCACCCCCCCCCCCCUUCCGGCUUCAGUUGGCGAACUUAAGUAAGCCACUUAAGUAAACAGUUCGGCUUCUCAGAACAAUAUGCGUUCAAAAGAGUAAUAAUACAUAUACAUUACAAUAACGCCUCCUUUAACAACAGACCUCAGAGUGGCUCGGCGGUACUUCCUGUCCCAUCGUAUCCCAGCAUGCUAUUGUUCCUCGACACACAACAAUUGACAAUGUAAUGCCGUGCGAUUCUGAAGUCAGAUUUCGUCGUCUUACAAAGAACGCUAAAAUCAUCACAUAGCAAGUUAACACUCAAAAGUUAGAUAAGACAUAUACAAUGCAAGUACCGAGUACCAGUUUAAAAUAAAUACACAGCUAUGUUUAUUUCUUCCCAUCAUGCAUUUCAUUCAAAGCGGAUUGGUUCAGCUGACUCUGUCCACCGGGGGGAGCCAGAGGAGCCUAAUGUCCAAGUUCAGGAGGAAAGGUUUUACAGGAAUAAUGUUGUAAUCAUAAGUGACACAACAAAGUUAUAAUUUAAAAUGUUUUAAUAAUUUAAAACAUUUUUAUUGUAAUUUUUCCCCCAUAGAAAUUGUUUUUAGAAAGUCACAUCACAACUAAAUUCUUGUUAAAUUAUGACUUUUGCAACUUUUUAACCUUGUUUGAACGAUGCUCCUUGUUGCUUAUUUGACUUUUUAUCACAUCCUUAUGUUACAUAGCGAUUAAAGUCGCAAUUUUACCCCAAUCAUUUCAUGAAGGUUAGCAAUAAUAUGAAUUUUAUUUUUUUUUAUGAUUUUGUUUUCCUGGCGAACAUCAAAGUCAUCAUUUUAGCAGAAUAAAGUUGUAAAGGUUACAAGAAGAUCGUACAAGGGGGAAAAAGUCAUAAUUUGACACGAAUAAUGUUGUCAUUUUCACAAAAUGUUUUAGUUUGACAAAAAGUUGUCAAAACGUCCAUUUUUAGUAUACAAUGAAGACUUUUCCUUGUAACAUGUCUACUUGUUUGGAAUAUUGGGACUUUUCCCAUAAACUUUUCCUGUAAAUGAAAAGCUUUUUAUCGUAAAAUCAAAACAAUUCCAACUUUUUUCUCACACCGCAAGGAAAAAGUAGCCGUUUUGUGAGGAAACUUGUGAAAAUGACAACUUUUGCUUCACCAAAUUCUGACCAUAUUUGAUUUCUUAUUCAAAAUUGGGACUUUUUAAAGAAGUCCUAAAAGUCGGACUUCUUUUUCUUCUUAAAUCCUAACUUCCAUCUUGUAGUAUUCGGACAUGACGGUAUUUGUCUACUCAUUUUCCGGCUGUAUUAAAGUGUCAAAGCCACAUGACUGGACAUCAUCCACUCUGUCAACCUGGUCCAUGGAGAUCUUUGCCAACAGGGAGGCUAAAUGUAGCGACAGGUGAAAGAACCUACCACAGCCCAACUAAUUUGAAAGUGAGUUGUGAGUGUGCCUUUGACUUUGCCCCCCCCCCUCCCCUCCCUCCAAAGCGAAUAGAGCCGUGUUUAGUUUUUUAUACAAAAGGUACAGAAAGCUCAGACGUUUACCAGUACGAGCCACCACCGCAUUUCUUUCACUUUCACUUUCUUUACUUUGCGGCUCCGUGUCUGCACGUGGCAAACGUAUCCUAGCAAUAUUUGUCUCUUGGUGAGGACUGAAACUAGUAGUAGUCAUAAUAGUAGUAGUAGUAGUACUGGAGGACGAUGUGUUUCCUAGUACUUAUCACAUUUCACCCCCAAUAUGCCCCCCCCCCCCACCCCCAACAACAAAUGGACUUUUAUAUUUCCUCUCAUUGUUGUCGACCACACAUAAGCUAACUUGCUGUUGAGAUUAAAAGAUUUAUUGAACAAAUUGCUGCUGCUUUCUGUCGUUUG